GUCCUGUUGUGCCCAACGGUGGCAGUACCUGCGUACAGAAGUGUGCCAUCAACGCUUAGCAUCGCCGACUUUCGCUGUUGUUCGUCAGCCUCCUGCCUUCGUCACGAUUGUGAAACUCGGUGCACAGAAACGAAACUCCGUGUGCGCAGCGAGGUCGGUGGGGUUUCAGGUCUUGCAACCUCUCGGUCGCACAGCUGGGGCCAGGACACCGUUCAGCCAGCCGGGACGUUUCUGCUCAAGUUUCCACAGGAAACCCGGAGUCCGGCACCUCCGGUGCCUGAAUUUAUGGGAACAUGUCCAAGAAAAAGGGCAGGAAACGCAGCAGCGGGGAGCUGAGCGACACCUUGACCCCUGACCCCGGCAGCAUCCUGGGAGUGCGGAUUCAGCACAACUGGCGGGAGAAGGGGGCGCUGACCAAGUGGAAGGGGACAGUGCUGGACAGGCUGAGCGUGAACCCCUCGCUCUUCAUGGUCAAGUACGACGGGUUCGACUGCGUCUACGGCAUCGAGCUCUUCAAGGACGACAGGGUCUCGGGCCUGCAGGUCCUCACCGAGAAAGUGGUGAACAACAAGAUCAAGGUGCCCCAUGACGCAGAGGAGCUGGUCGGCAAGGCCGUGGAGCACCUGUUCGAGAAGGAGGAUGGGGAGAAGAAUGAGUGGCGUGGGAUGGUGCUGUCCAGAGCGCCCAUUAUGACCAACUGGUACUACAUCACCUACGAGAAGGAUCCCGUUCUGUACAUGUACCAGCUGUGGGACGACUACGAGGAAGGAGACCUGCGCAUCCUCCCCGAAGCAGAAAACAGGCACCUGCUGCCGGCCGACAGGAAGCCGGGGGAAGAGACGGAGAGCCUCGUGGGCAAGCAGGUGGAGUACGUCACCGACAAAGGGGUGAAGAGAACUGGCCUGGUCAUCUACCAGGUGCCCGCCAAGCCCUCCGUCUACUACAUCAAGUACGACGACGACUUCCACAUUCACGUCUACGAUCUGGUCAAGACCUCUUAAAGAGACAGUAUCCCCAAACCCCCCAUCCCCACCCCCUCCCUACCCCCCCUCCCCAGCUGCGUUUCCGCCAUUGUUGCCACGGCUACCUUCUCCACCCGGGGCGGGGUCGGUGGGUGGAGGUGGUGGCUGAAGGGGCUGGUGAGUGAAGUGCAAAACUGUGCCGAGGGCAGGUACCGCGCUGGAGAGGGAGGGGGCCCGUGGUCUCCCUCGGCAACGCACGCCACCUUGUCUCGGCCUGUCAUGCCGGAGGUCGCCACUAGGGCCCGCUGUCGCGCAGCGGCUGGGCCCGGCCAGGGGGUAGAAGUUUUACAACGAAGAGCAGCCCAGGAGCAGAGAGAGGGGCAGGGACCGUGCAGGGCAGCCCCCACUGUGUGGACAGCGUUGAACUCCACAAGCUUGUUACUGGAAUACUUAAGGGAGGCUCAGGCAUGUAGUCGGGGAGGUCUGUUAACGUGGAGUUCAGAAAAGUGAACGAAUAAUUUCACAGUGGCCAAGCGCCCUGCCUCUUCUGCGUCUCCUACCUGAGCACAGGGCUUGCUGUAGCAGAAAGAAGUCCAAAGCUUUGAGUGCAAGGCAGUAAAAAGCAGCUGAACAUGGGGCUUAGAGUUCUGAAUGGAACUGCUGUCACAAGCACCAGUCUGCUCUUGUUAGAAACUUCUACCAACUGUUUCCAGCUUCUGCUUCACUCCAGCUCUGAGGCACCCUAGGAAGGCAAGCAGUGGCGAUAUUGCAGCUUUUUAAACCCAGAUAUUAGCACCACUCUCAGUAUCUUUUGUGAAGAGAGCUCAGACAUGAGCCUGUUAACCUCUCCCAUCGUAUAUCUCCUCCGAAUGGGUAAAAAAGAACUACUUUUAAAUCGAUGAGCUCAUUCGCCAACGUUCCACUGGAACCCACUGAAUUUGACUAGACAGUGAUCGAAAUUUCGGGUCGCCUUAUGCUGACAAUGCAAUGACUACUGUGUUCCCUGGAAAUUCUUCAAUAGAAAAAACGAGGGUUGCAAUAGAUCACUCUGAGAGUCUCCUAACAGUGGAGUUUCUCUAAUUUAUACAAUACUGGGGGGGUGAAGCGUCAUGGUUAUUAGAGGAGGGAAAGGAUCAGCAGUGUAUAUAUUUUGAACAGAUUGAGAUUUUAGCGUUAAAAAGUUGUAUACAAUUCUAGCUUUGGAAAUCGGCAAAUAUUUUAGUAAGGCUCACACACGCUCUGACAAGAUUUUUAGAAAACUGAGGCUAAGCCCGGGUGGGGUGGCUUUUUUUUUUUAAGCUUUGUUUGUUGUUGUCGCUUAAUGAAAUAAAGCAGUUAUAUUGCUCACAAGCAUUGGGUUAUCUAGAAUCUGAACAGGGAUUUGAGUAAUAAAGGUGAUAGGAGCUGUGACGUUUUCAUGGCAAAUUUCAAAAGAGCAGCGUCUUACCGUUUGCUUUGAUGUUGUAUAAGCAACAAUGUGUUGCCAACACGAACACUUCAUUUGUCCUAGGAAACAUGCAGCUAAAUUGCUUAGUAAUUUAGCUUCUGACUGUCCAGCAGGCUGGACUCCGUUCAUGUAUUGAAGGAGGAAUGUAUGAUAUUAGCGUUGUAGGCUGGCUUGAUUGGAAUGGGCUUGAGGCCUUUUUUUACAGAGCACAUGCAAAGUCAUAUUUUCCCCGCAGGGUGCUGGCAGUAGCCUGUCCAGAAAACACAAAGCUGCCCUUCGCAAAACGGCGAAAGAGAUUUCGUCCGGCGCUCGCUUUUCAACUUGAGCACAUUGGACCACUGCGAAAAGACUUGGGCUAUUUCGCACCCAGAAUGUUUCUGAAAAAAACAAACGAACAGUAGAAAUGAUCGUGGUAGGUGUGUUCAGAGACAAAAACCUGUACCGCUUUGAAAGUGACUCUUGUGUAAGAUCAUCUGUGCGGUUUGGGAGUCCGCAGGAAAGAUGAUUCUACACCAGACACUGCAGAGGAGACGGUUUUUACUUCAGGCGGCACAGGUGGUGUUGGUUUGGUUAAAGCACCUUGCUGCUAAGUUAAAAGCUUGGAGAGAAUUAGACUGACCCAUAAAAAAGGAUGGAGGCAAAAAUAAGGCCGACACAAGACACCACAUGAGAUGCAAAUAAUCCAAAACUUAAUGUGCAGAAUGCAGAAUAGCGUUGGUACAAUUGCCAAUGAAAUUGUCAUCCAUUCUUGGGAUCUGUGGUGAGCGUGGGACAGUAAUUUGUAUGAUAAUUUUAAUUUAUUUUACAAAAGUAAGUUAUUGGGAACAGCUGGCCCAUCGUGAAAUUGUUUAUAUUUUGUGGCAAUGCUGAAAUUUCAGAGAUGGUAAAGGUUUACCAGAUAUGUUUUGAAAAUAAAACCUAUGUAAAAGUAUUACUGUUAAUUUUUUUUUUCACGUACACCCAUUCCUUGUCUUGUAAAUGUUGAUGAUUUUUUUUUUUGCUUUAUUGCUAUCAAACCUUUGGUACUUGGAUUUUUCUUUUCCAAGGCUUUUCCUCUUUUCGGGAUGUGGCUCUCGAGCGCGCAGCUAGAGGCACGUGGAUACAUCCCACAAUGCAUCCUGUCCAGCGUCACGCUGCUCCUAUUGGCCUGUUCAUGCAACGUCAUCACAGUGGUUCUGUUGUUUGUCGAUGAGGUGAAGUACUGUCCUGUACCAUAUAACGUUCACCGCCAAUACUGUCUACAAAGUGCUGUGCUGCUAAAAGAUCAUGUUAAAAUGAACAAGGCAAGCUGUAAUUUAAAUACCAGGGCUUGAUAUUAUUCGCAGACAUGAGAAGACUGAAUUCUUGAAGGACAGUUCCCGUGCAGUAUGUCAUGUAACGAUUGUCUACUAGUGAUACCAGAACUGAAGUUAAUUUUUUGAGAAAUAGCUGAUUAAAACGUGAUCCGUUUUGUUUUGAUGUAUAUGAUUCGUGUUGGUUUAAAGUUGGCAACAUAAACAUCCAUCCAUCCAUCCAUCCAUCCAUCCAUCUAUCCAGUUCAAGGGCCUGGGGGAACCAGAGUUAAUCUUGGCGAGCAGUGAGCACAAGGCAGGGUGCACCCUGGACAGGACACCUUCCCAUUUCAGAACAGACACAAACACACCAUUUUACCAGGAGACAGUUAACCUGCCUGCGUGUCUUUAGACUAUGGGGAAAAAACUGGAGCCCCCGGAGGAGAACAUGCAGACUCCACACAGAUAGUGCCCCAGGUCUGGAAUUGCACCCAGGGCCUCAGCGCUGCGAGGCAGGACUGCCAACCUUGAACUCGCCAUGUCUGGUCAAGUCAAUAGCCGACUGUGAACGUUGAUGCACAGUUGGCUCAGCACCAGUAGGCGCAGGAUUAAUUGAUUAAUCAGGUUCCCAGUAACCCACAGGUUGCAGUGAUGUCACUUUGGUGCUGAAACGCCUGUAAGUUAGUUGUAGAGCUUGUAGAAGAACAGCUCAAUGGGUUGGGGUUGUCACAGCUACCCCUUGAGCUUUCUGCACUUCCUCCUUCCUGAGUGGUCAUACGGCUGCACAUUGGAUAGAAUUAAAAAUUCAUAAUCGAGAACACGAAAUUUUAAAUAAGCACAGACAUGGGGUGACGCACUGCCUGUGACACAGCCAUUGUUCGAAUCACAGGGCCAAAACCACACUUUGAGUUUUGACGGGACUGUAUUGUGUGUUUUUUAACUGGGCUCCUGCCCUUUUAAAAGUGACCUUUUGCCAUUAAAAAGUGCACAUCUCAUCCGAAGAACACUGGCGUCCCCUGAGCGUCUCUGAGCUUGCAGAGAUGUCUCUAGAUUUGACACUGUUGUUAAAGCAUGACUUUUUUUUUUAAGAACCACGGACAGGACAUUGAUUGUUUUAGCGCUUGCAAGGAACUUCAGAAAUGCAUUGUGACCUGGACCUGGAAAUGCAGACUGGAGGUAACUAGGCUGGGCGUCGUUUUUGAAAAUACAAGUGACAGAGAAAGACUUCUGGCAUUUCGCUUGCACAGUAUGAUGAUGGGAAUGACCUGGAAGUUGUAGAAAAUGUUAGUUCAUUGCUGGCAAUGAUACAGUAUGUAAGCAUCCACAGGAUCCAUCCCUUAGGGACCUGAAAGAUGCACUUCAGAUCAGGUAUUAAAGCUCUGUGGUAGGUGUACUGAUCUUGCAUUAGCCGUUGGCUUAAAAAUGGGAGAGAGCCUUCAUGAUGAAGCUGUAAUGUUUAUGUGUUUACUUAUCGCCAAAUUUAAAAGUAUACUUUCUACAAUCCUAUGACUAGUGAAUUUUACUGUUUCCACUGGUUGAACUUCUCUCUUGACUGUAUAUAAAUGUGACUUUUAUUUUCGGAUGGGUCUGAUACUAUCUUCAAAUGUAAGAAUUAUCACUUGCAUACAUUGUAGACUGACCUUCUCUUUUGUUUUUGAAAUUCUGCGUUUGCGUGACCCUACAAGUGGUAUGAUUACCAGUAUGAACACUUUUAUGACAAAACAGUAUAAAGAAUACUGCUCAGUCAGAAGUAUAUGUAUAGACAAAACAGUGCUUAAUGAAGCACAAAGCAGAGCAGAAGCAUCGUUCCACUUUAAAAAAAAUGCAAUUUCUUUUAAAGAAAAACUGAUUUCUAUUUUUUUGCAUUGUAGUUACUUUGCCAAAAGGCUUAUGUGCAUUUGUGUAUAGAACUCUAUGUCAUUGCUUGCAAGUAUUAUAAUUUUGAACAGUUGAUUAUCAAUAAAUGAAAGACUGUGCUGUGUUACAUAGAACGCUUGUGUGGAACAGACCUGUUUUCAUUCCUACAUGGCUCCCCAGCCUCUGAACUCUCGAGCUGUCCUUUUUUUACCUGCUUGGAGUAGAUCGGCGCUUAGAAAUCAGAGGCCUGAGGGUAGUAGCUUUAUUCCUUGUAAUACUACUAUUUCCCCGAAUGCAUACCUCCAAAUAAAAAUAAAAGGCAUUUUUAAUCUGUUUUACCAGCUUUAACACUAAGCCCCUAUUGAAGCACCUUCUGUAAAGCAUGUCUGUGUAAAGCAUAUGAGUCACACACCUUAGCUUUCUGAUCACACUGAGCCACCUGUGCAGGAGGUGUUGUGGACAGCGCCUAGGACUACAGAUUACUUCCAACUCUCUGGCUACAUCUAUUAACACAGGAAGUCAAAUCGCUAAACCUUGGUGCUACUGUGUGGAAAGAGGACCCGUUUAAAUCCUUUACAUUCUCUGAAGUUGUGACACAGCGCUCUUUCAUUACCCCGGCAUUGUAAGGCUUCCAGCAGUAUCAGGAAUUAGCAACUAUUGGCAAACUCAAUGACCAAUAUUCAAGUGGCGAUUGGAGUUGCCUAGUCCUUUUACCCGAGCUCUGUGUGGGGGACGGGGCCUAAUAACAGGACGUUAAUGUUAAAAUGCACAUGCUAUUGAACAUUAAUUUAGACUAUGUUUCUGAAAUGCAGCACUGCAUCGUGUAUGGCACAGUUUGGAUCUUUGUUUUUGAAAGUGUAGCAUUUGUACUGUAAGAGUUUCGAGAAGACUGGUUCAUCUGGAUGAGAAUGUUUUGCCCUGAACGCUGAGGUUUGGCUGUGCAAAAUCACGCUCACAUUGUGCAUUCUGGUCUAUCAGACGUGUUUGCCAGUUUCUCUGUGAUGUGUGUCUUGAUCUGCGGUGUCGUCUACAUGCUUGCAGGAAUUCUCAAUAUUGAGGUUUUUACCAUGAGAUACCCUCUGUUUCACUGCUUUACCAAAGCUUUUGAGUAGUCUGAACUGUUGUAGCAUUCGCCAUUCAGUUUCUGUGUAACUAUGCGGUCGUUAAUAAUAAAGAGAUAUUUUUUGCACUUGUCA